UGAGGCGUCUCUCUGCGCACGCUCAGUAGAGCCAGCCGGGGGUUGUCGGGCAUGCUCAGUAGACGGGGUUUCGUCAGUUCAGAACGGUGACCCGGUGGGGCUGCGGCUCUGAGUGUAACAUACGGUUAUGUCUGACUCCGAGGACUAUUCUUCCUCUGACGACGAGGACUACGUCCCCUCAGGAGGAGAAUACAGUGAAGAUGAUGUGAAUGAAUUGGAGAAGGAAGAUGAUGAUGAAGAACAAGAGGAUGGAGAAGAAAAAGUGUCUCUUAAAAAAAAGAAUAAAAAGAAAGAAAAAAAUUCUAUUUUAGCAAGAAAACGGAAAAAAGGUGUGCUGUCCUUGAACUCAGAAGAAGGCCAAGUAGAAAAGGACAAAGAUGGUGAAGCUGAAGAGGAGGAUUUAGGGCCCCUUGAUGAGUUAAAAAAACAGAAAUUGGAAGAGGCAAAAAAGAAAAGAGAAGAAGACCUAUGGUCAAGUUUCCUUUCUGAUGUGGGAAAACCUCCAAAAAGCCAGCUUACUGUUCCUGUAGCCCAGAAUAACCGGGCGGAAGAAAAAGACAAAGAUUCUAACAAGUCUUUAAAAGAGGAUUCUCAAACAAAGAAUGACUGUAAAAAACUUACUAUUACUAAAGUGUUUGACUUUGCUGGGGAAGAAGUCAGGGUAACGCAAGAAGUGGAUUGCUCAUCCAAGGAAGCUAAGGCAUUUAUCAAGCAGCAAGAAAAAGGACUGCCGGAACAGAGUCCUGCACCUUCAAGGACCCCCACAGCAGCCAGCUCAGGAGUGAAAAGACCUGUGGGUAUGAGCAGCAUACUUGGACAAUUAGGCUCUAAAAAGCAGAAGAUUAGCACACUGGAGAAAUCCAAGCUGGACUGGGAAUCUUUUAAAGUGAAAGAGGGGAUUGGCGAAGAACUGGCUCGCCACAAUAGGGGCAAAGAUGGAUAUAUUGAAAGAAAAGCCUUCCUGGAACGAGUAGAUUAUCGUCAAUUUGAACAGGAGAGGGAAAUCCGACUAAAAAAUAUGAAGCCAUAGCUUUUUAUUAAAGACAUUGUAUGGAUGGCGUCUUUUCUGAUGUAAGAGCACUGUAAAGGGGUCACAGAAGACAUUAGAGAACGUUAAUGUUACGUAGAGUCUGACAAUAUGUAUAUUUGGACAGUAAUACGACCAAUUAUUUUACAUGUUUGUGCUCUUUUGAUUUUUAUUUUUUUUUUCUUUCCAGGAUUUUUAUUUUUUUUUCAGAUUCUUUUUUCACUGCAUUAUUUUCUGUGACUUCAGCGGAAUAAUAAAUGUAUCUUUGUAAA